AUGCAAACUUUUAUAAAAUUAAACUAUUAUCAAUUAAAACUACCAUGUUUCAUCUCAAAAAUAAGAUCAUUAAACUCAACAAGUUAUCGAAAAUAUUCCUCUUUAAAUAAAAUAGCACAAGGCUAUCAACCAAAAGAUGUUGAAAGCAAUAAAUACAUCAAAUGGUCAGAAAAACCAUCCCAAACAAAGACAACAACUGAAAAACAUUGGUUCACUAUGAUACUCCCUCCACCAAAUGUUACCGGAAAUCUUCAUCUUGGCCAUGCUUUAAUGGCAACUAUCCAAGAUGUUAUUUGCCGGCAUAAAAGACAAAAAGGCUAUCAGGUUCAAUGGAUACCUGGAACAGAUCACGCUGGCAUUGCCACUCAGGUUGUUGUUGAGAAAAAGAUCCUCAAAGAAAGGCAACUUUCCAGGCAUGAUUUAGGUCGGGAGGAAUUCCUUAAUGAAGUCUGGAAAUGGAAGAAUGAAAAAGGUCAUUCUAUAGUCGAUGAUCUAAAGCGACUUGGUUGUUCAUUAGAUUGGAAUAAUGAAUACUUUACAAUGGAUAAGAAGCAAAGCAGAGCUGUAAAUCUUGCCUUUGUUCGUCUCUUCAACGAAGGUCUAAUUAAACGCAAAAAAGCUUUAGUCAAUUGGUCUUGUAGUCUAGAAUCUGCCAUAUCAGAUAUUGAAGUCGAUUCUAUAGAAAUCUCUGGUCCAACUGAGAUUAAAGUUCCAGGUUAUGACAAAAACAUUACUUUCGGACAAUUGUAUAACUUGGCUUACAGAUUACAUGGCGAGGAAAGUCAGGAAAUAGUUGUCUCUACAACUCGUCCAGAGACAAUCCUCGGUGAUAUUGCCGUAGCUGUUCAUCCCGAUGACGAGAGGUACUCUCAAUAUCGAGAGAAGCAAACAUUCCUUUGGCAUCCCUUUCGGAAUCAACCAAUUCCACUUAUAUUCGACUCAUCUGUCGAUCGAGAAUUUGGAACUGGAGCAGUAAAAAUAACACCUGCCCAUGAUAAAAAUGAUUUUGAACUAGCCAAACGUCAUUCUCUAGAAUCUGUUUCAGUAAUCUCUGAAAAGGGACAGAUUCUUCCUGAAUUUGUUCAUUUUUCAGGCUUAAAAAGAUUUGAAGCUAGAAGUAAAAUUCUAGAUUCUCUUGCUAGCCAGGAGCUUCUUCGAGAAAUUCGACCGCACUCGAUGAGUCUUCCACUUUGUUCACGAUCGAAAGAUGUCAUCGAGUAUAUACUUCGUCCACAGUGGUUUGUCCAUUGUCAGGGAAUGGCCAAUGAGGCAAUUCAAGCAGUUCGAGAUGGUCGAAUUCAAUUGCAUCCGAAAUCAUUCGAAAACGAUUGGUUCCGAUGGUUGAGUGAUUGUCAUGAUUGGUGUAUUUCUCGACAAUUGUGGUGGGGUCAUCAAAUUCCAGCUUAUUUGGCCAAAAGCAAAGAUUCCGAGUUGUGGAUUGCAGCAGAAUCUCAGGAAGAAGCUGUGGAAAAAGCACAAAAACAAUUAAACUCAAAGAAUAUUUCUCUUGAAAGAGAUCCUGAUGUCUUAGACACUUGGUUCUCUUCUUCACUUUUACCAUUCUCGAUCUUUAACUGGCCAAGUGAAGAAUUUCGUCAAUCAUAUCCAUUAGAUGUCAUGGAAACUGGUCAUGAUAUUCUAUUUUUCUGGGUCGCUCGUAUGACUAUGUUGGGAAUGAAACUUACUGGUGAUGUUCCUUUUCGGAAUGUACUUCUAAAUGGAAUUGUUUGCGAUGCUCAUGGAAGAAAAAUGUCAAAGAGUUUAGGAAAUGUCGUCACACCUCAACAGGUUAUUUAUGGGACCUCACUGAAAUCAAUGCAAGAUGACGCCCUUCAAUCUCAUAACUCAGGAGUUCUUGGAGCGGAUGAAUUGAAAAAAUCUUUCAAGGGACUACAGAAGAUGUUUCCCUCGGGUAUUCCAGAAUGUGGAACUGAUGCUCUGCGAUUUACUUUGUGUAGUCAUAAUAUCAAGAGUCAUUUUAUCAAUUUCGAUGUAGCAGAAUGUUAUACCAAUAAGUUGUUCCUAAAUAAGAUUUGGCAAGCAACAAGGUACACGUUGGGAGCUCAUGAAAAAGUCAAUAUGACAGUUGGUGAGGGAUCUCUAGAAAAUCUUGAACUGGAGUUAAUGGACAAAUGGAUUCUAAGUCGUUUAGCGGAUACUUUGGAAGUCUGUGAGAAUAGCUUGGAGAAUUAUAACUUUCAUACAGCUACUGCGGCCUUGAAGAACUUUUUUUAUACAAACUUUUGUGAUGUCUACUUGGAAACAACAAAACCAGGUAUAUCCGACGGUGGAUCGAAAGCAAAGGGACACUGUGUCACUCUUUCGACUUGUUUAAGUCUUGGUCUUCAAGCAAUGUCUCCUUUUACACCAUUCAUUUCUGAAGAACUGCAGCAGUUUCUACCCAAGCCUAUCGAUUUUGACUCAUCUUUGUACAAAAAUUCUCAACUUGAGACUGAAGUGAAUGAAAUUCUUGAUAUUUGUCAAGCUAUUCGGCAGUUGAAGAGCAGAAAUAAAGUUUCUAAAAAACACAGUCCUAAAGUACAUCUCUUCGCUCAAAAUAAAGAAGCUAUUAAUAUAUUGAAUAAGUACUUACUUGAAAUGAAAGCUUUGACAUUGUGUAAUGAAGUGAUUUUGGAGACGACAUCAAAUCCAAUUUCGAAAGAGGAUUACAGUUUAUUUUCAACAGCAGGACAUUUGUGUUCAUUUGGAAUUUCAACGAAUUCUGAGUUCAAACUGCCACAGUCUGGGAAAUCUGGUAAAGAUUUGAAUAAUUUGAAAUUGGAGAGAUUACAAAAGGAGUUGGAAAAAUAUUUGGAACGGACUUCGAAUGAAGGAUUCCGAAAGUCAGCUAGUGAAGCGGUUCAGAAGAGGAAUUUUGAAAAGAUUCAGCAACUCGAAGUAGAAAUAAAAAAUAUCAAAGCAUUACAAAGUUAGCUAUUUGAUAGUUGGACCCUUUUGUAAAGUCGUUCGUUUUAAAUUUAAAUUAAAUUAAAAAAUCAUAAUUUAAGGAUAUAAUUAAAUUCUGAUGUUUGUUUUGAA